AUGUCCAAUCCUCCCUCCGGGACGUCCACGCCGCGCGCCUUCACUGCGCAGUCCGCCACCGCAGAAGACCUGCUGAAAUCGCAAACCGUCGGCUUGGUGAAUUUGGCGGACUUCCGCAAGAGGAGGGCCGAUGUGUUGGAAUUGAAAGAGAAAGAGGCAAGAGAAGGGGCAGGCUCGAGGACGAGGACGCCUGAGAGUGACGGUGCGGUGGGGACACGAAAGACCGACCAAGACGGACCUCCGAGUAAGAAGUUGAAGAAGAAAAAGGCUGCGGCAAAAGGUCUAUUAUCGUUUGGUGGCGACGAGGACGAGGAUGCAAACGGUGGAAGCGCGGUGUCAACGCCUGCAGCGCGAAGCUCGAGGACAUCGGCCGAACCGUCGCCUGAACCAUCCGUGACCACUCGCAAAUUGACGCCAAACCCCAACUCGACCCUCCCUCCGCCCCGAACAAUCACAAAAGCUGCGCUGGCCGCUGACGCGCUGGAGCGAGAAAGGCUCCGGAAGGAAUUCCUCGAGAUCCAAGAACGCGUGAAGGAGACGGAGAUUGAGAUCCCCUUUGUGUUCUACGAGGCUGGGGCGAAUGUCCCGGGCGGGAGCGUGAAAGUGAAAAAGGGCGAUCAUGUGUGGUUGUUCUUGGAGAGGUGCAGAAAGGUGGGUGCUGAACUCGGCGUCUCCGGUUCUGGCUCAAGAUCCGGUGGUGGCCCAAGUGGUGCCGCGCAGAAGAAGAGCAGGGAAGAUUCGAGGAAACAGUGGGCACGUGUGGGCGUGGAUGACUUGAUGCUUGUAAGAGGCGAAGUCAUUGUCCCACAUCACUACGAAUUCUACUAUUUCAUUGCGAACAAGAUUCCAAAUCCAAGCAGGGAAGGGAAGUUGCUAUUCGAGUACUCGGGAACAGCGGAUAUCAGGAAGACCAGCCCAGGAGGACAAGAUGUUGAUACCAGCGCUCUGUUACGGGUGCCAGGGAAGAAGCAAGACGCGUUGGAAGGGCAUAAUGACGAUCCGACGCUGACGAAAGUGGUGGAUCGGAGGUGGUAUGAGAGGAACAAGCACAUCUACCCAGCAAGUGUAUGGAAGGAAUUCAAGGCUGGGAAGGAAUUUGAGGACAUGGCCAAGGGAGGCAGAAGGGACGCCCAAGGCAACGCUUUUUUCUUUGGCUGA